CACUUUGAGUCAAACAGAGAAAGAGAGAGAGAGGACGGGUGUUGUAUUCUGUUCUGUCUGCUUUCCUUCCAGGAAACACAUCCUGUGGCUGCAGUAAAGUGUUUAUCACAGAGAGAGAGAGAGAGAGAGUCAUUUCCACAGUACUCCCUUCUGUCUCAUCACAGAUCUUCUGGGCUUUUCAGGGAUCAAACCUGCACAUUCCCACGCUCGAGAAACUUGUGAAACUAUUUAAGACAAGUAAUUUGAGAUAAGGGCACUACAAAACGAGUCUGUGACAGAGAGAUGGAGUGUGUGGAGGGGAAAAAAGAAACACAGAGAGACCGAAUCACGCAGAUCUUUUAGCAUUCCACAGCAUUCCCAGCAGGGAGACGAGGAGAAAUAAGGAUCCAGAAGACAUCUGGAGGAGAAAGGGAGAAGAACGGACAGGCAGCAAGGGUUAAGAAGAAAGGAGGACCAGAAUAAGACAACAUUUGCGACAAAGUUAGAAGAGGAACUAUUUCAAGAACAUUUUAUGCAUGUAUGUGAUGGCCUUGGAGGUCUACCAUCCAGCCUUACGAGCAUCUGUGGCCCCUGACUCUGAGGACGAGGGCUAAAGACUCCAAUCGCCCCAGAAAACAUCCUCAAAACACAAGAAUGAGUGGCGAUGUCCUCUAGCUAAACUUUCACUGUGUGUGUGCGUGUACUGGGGAGUGGAUUUUUGUUGGAGUUGCAAGUUUUCAGACGCUCCGGCAGGCUUGGGGGUACUGUGAGUGGCCCAGCCCUGGUGCAGCAGGUACAGCGGGGGGCGUAUGGCCGUGCGCAGGCUGGUGGUGGUGGCGGCAGCAAUGGCCCUGCUUUCUCUGGUGCUCAAUAACUUGGCCACAUUUAGUUCCAACUGGGUGCUGCAGGUGCUGGAGGAUGGGCGACGGCGAAGCGUCGGGCUCUGGAGAAUGUGUCCGCAUGAGGAUACGCACGCUCACACAAACACACCCUGUCAGAGGCUCAGCUGGGGAUCGGACUUCGCAGGGUACCAGGAAUCACGCAGCACUGUCAAACUUCAGUUUGAUAUGAUGCGUGCAUGUAACCUGAUGGCUACGGUGGCUCUGACAGUGGGUCAACUGAUCUUCCUGUUUGGGUUAUUGGAGAUAAGUCACAUUAACCAGGAAUCUCAGUGGUGGGAGGAGGCCAUCGCUGCCCUGUUCCAGUUAGCCAGUUUUGUGCUGGUGAUCGGCCUCGUGACAUUCUACAGGAUCGGACCCUACACGCACCUUUCCUACUCAUGCUAUGUCAACAUUGCCUCAUGCCUGUUCGCAACGCUAGCAGCUGCCAUGCUAAUCUGGAACAUUCUGCAUCGCCGUGAAGACUGUCUGUCGCCACCUGUUAUUGUCAUCAGACGAUCUUUGACCACGCCCUUCAGGCCACGCCUUGAUAAUGACUAUGUGGAGUCACCGUGCUGACGUGUGAAGACAUUACACGCUUUGAGACAAAAAGACACAUUGGAUAUUUGCAUGAGAGGGAUAUAAACCCAUUUCUAUACGAAACAGAACUGCUGGAACUUUAUACUAAAGAGCAGUAAUCGUGUGACUGCGAAGAUGAAGGAAAUUAUUUUCGUAGUAAAUGGAGUAUUUACGAAACUCAUUUAAACACUGAAGUAGGACUGUGGAUGUUGCGGCAAAGAUUUAUGAGAUCAAGCUGGAUCUUGACACGUUUAUGUUCAUGAGUGCACUUAUGAAAAAGUAGAAGCACAUUUGUAUGCACAUGUAUCUAAUAUGGUUGUUCGAAACAUAAAGCACCAAUUUCAACAAAAAAAAAUGUUUUCACUGCAUUGAAUAAUGGUCAAAACCAAGGACAAUUGAAUAUAGUCAUUAAUAGGCCGACACUGAAUCUGCACACUUUUUUCAUUUUUUCAGUAUCACUUUACAAUAUGGUCAAAUUCUUUAUCAUCAAUUAAUGCAUUGGCUAUCAUGAGCAAACAAUGAAUAAAUGCAUUUUUACAGCAUUUAUUAAUCUUGGUAAAUGUUCAUUUAUAAAUAUACUUUUGUUAAUUGUUAAUUCAUGAUAGUUCAUAAUGUAUUGACUGAUAAUAAUAAUAAUAACUUUAACUGUAAACAAAUCUAUUACUAUAUUUAGAAAUUAAUAUUUACCAAGACUAAUAAAUGCGGUAAAACUUUACAGUAAGGUUGUAUUGGUUAAUAUCAGAACUAUAUUAGUUAACAUGAACUAACAAUGAACAAUACUUUUACAGCACCUAUUAAUCUGGGUUAAUUUGACUGACAACAUAUCCUAAAACAUUUUUUAAAAGUUAAAAGUUGCGCAUUAUGAACUAACAUGAACCAACAAUGAACAAUAGUAUAUUUAUAAAUUAACAUUAACAAAGAAUAAUAAAUUAUGCAAUAAAAUAUUGCUAAUUGUCAGUUUGUAAUAUCUAACAUGAUGUAACUAGUGUUAAAAAAAUACAAAAAAUACCAUUAAUGCUGUAAAAGUACUGUUCUUUGUUAGUUCAUGUUAAUUGUGUUAACUGUUAACAAAUAUAAACUUAUUGUAAUUGCAAUUUAUUUCGUUUUUUUGUUUGUUUUUUUGCUGAUUGUGAGAGAAGAUCUGUAGAAUUCUGAAGAAUGGAUUUGAAAAGGUAAAUCUCAUGGAAACAUGUGGUCGGAUUUCAUCCCAAAAUCAACAGAAAAAAAGUACAAAUGUGUGUUUUGCAUAAAGAUAACAUUUUACGCAUUGUGACCGUAUUUAAGUUCUCCUUACCAUAAUGCAUUUAGAUGUUUACAUUUAGAGUUGUUUUCAACUCUCAUUGCUCAUUGGAAUCUCACAACUGUAGAACAGUAAUUGUUAUUUAAUGGUUUUUACUAUAUUGUAAUACAAUGAUUUUUAUUAACUACAUCAUACAUUAAAAAGACAGUACAACAAAUACUGCAAUUAUGUAUCAAUUCUUUACCACUUAAUGAAGCAGAGCUGGAACUACAGGCCUGCUUUGACCACUGAUUGGAGUGUAUUUGAAGCUGCAGCCACAGAUCUGGACGAGCUCACAGAUACUGUGACAUCAUAUAUCAGUUUCCUAGGAUAUGUGCAUCCCUACUAGGACAUUUUUAUCAUUCAAUAACAAUUAACCAUGGUUUACGGGGAAACUCAGACAGCUUCGUCAUGCCAGAGAGGAUGCUUACAGUAGUGGGGAUAAAAUAUUGUACUACCCAGGCCAGAAACACACUGACUAAGGAAAUCAGAGUGGCUAAAAGAAGCUACUCUGAAAAGCUGAAAAAACUGUUUUCAGCCAAUGGUCCUGCAUCUGUGUGGAAAGGCCUGAAAAGCAUUACCAAGUAUAAGACUCUUCCCCCUCGCUCUGUAGAGAGUCAACUAAUGGCUGAUGAACUGAAUGUGUUUUACUGCAGGUUUGAAAAGCCCAGUCUCACACCCCUCCCCGUUCUGAUCUUCACACACACACAAACACCUCCUGGAACCCCCCUACUCCCCCCUCCUGCUACACAACCUGCACUUAUGGCCUGUGAGAAUGAUGUGUGCCAGGUCAUCCAGAAACAAAAGACUAGGAAAGCUUCAGGACCAGACAGUGUCUCACCUGCCUGUCUGAAAGUCUGCACUGACCAACUGGCCUUCAACUUCACACAGAUUAAUUUAAUUGAGCACUGGAGCAGUUUGAAGUUCCCUGAUGCUUCAAAUGCUCCACCAUCAUUCCGGUCCCCAAAAAACCCAAAAUCAGAGGACAUAAUGACUACAGACCUGUCACUCUCACGUCUGUGGUCAUGAAGUCAUUUGAGAGACUGGUUUUGGUCUACCUGAAGGACCUCACUGGACCCCUGCUAGACACCCUUCAGUUUGCUUAGUGAGCAAACAGGUCUGUAGAUGAUGCAAUGAUCCUAUUUGUGGACUUCAGAUCCGCCUUCAACACCAUCAUGCCUGAUCUUCUCUCAACCAAACUGACCCAGGCGCUCCGUGCCAACCACAAUCUGUCGGUGGAUCACCAGCUUUCUGACAGAUAGGCAGCAGCUAGUGAGACUAGGAAAACUCACAUCCGGGACUCUCACUAUUAGCACUGGUGCUCCUCAGGGAUGCAUCCUCUCUCCACUGCUCUUCUCCCUGUACAUGAAUGACUGCACUGCAAAGGACCCCACAGUCAAGCUCCUGAAGUUUGCAGACAGCACCACGGUCAUUGGCAUCAUCCGUAACAGUGAUGAAUCUGCAUACAGAUGGGAGGUUGAU